UAUGGGUCUGGUGUAAAGUCCGGAAACCCACCCAUUGAUUUUUUGUUUCGUUGUUUUGGUGUGGAAACUUGGGUUCUAAGUUUGGAUCUGCCCUUGAACGCCUUAUUUGUUUUUGAGAUACUAUUAUUCAUUACUCCCUACAUUUCCCAUUAGAAAGAUAUUUUUGAAAAAUCCAAGUGCACAAUUACGUGAAGUUUUGCCUUUUUGCCAACUGCGCACACCAAUUUAAAUCUGUACUCUACUAUUUCAGUAAGAAAUGUAUGAUAACCUUGGUGCACAGCCUGGAGUUCCAAGACCACCUGCUAAUACACAAGCGAAUCCUUUUGGAAAUGCAUUCUCUGGUGCUAGCUCUGGGUUCAUUAGAGGUGGAUUAGGAGCUUAUGGAGAAAAAAUCCUUGGAUCAAGUUCUCAGUAUGUCCAAAGCAAUAUAAGUAGGUACUUCUCUGAUCCCCAGUACUACUUCCAAGUGAAUGACCAAUACGUGAGAAACAAACUGAAAGUAGUCCUUUUCCCUUUCCUACACAGAGGUCAUUGGACAAGAAUCACAGAGCCUGUCGGUGGCAGGCUAUCCUAUAAGCCCCCUAUCUAUGACAUAAAUGCUCCAGAUUUGUACAUUCCAUUUAUGGCCUUUGGUACUUAUGUUGUUCUUGCUGGCUUAGCAUUGGGUCUGCAGGGAAGGUUUAGCCCAGAAGCUCUCAGUUGGCUGUUUAUCAAGGGAUUGGUUGGCUGGUUUUUACAAGUUUCGUUGCUGAAGAUGACAUUGUUCUCACUUGGUAGUGGAGAGGCUCCUCUUCUUGACAUUGUUUCAUACGCAGGAUAUGCUUUUGCAGGAUUGUCCAUAGCUCUUUUGGGAACAAUUAUAUGGAACUAUACUUACUACUUUUUGAUGCCGUGGACAUGCUUGUGCAUGGGAAUAUUCUUGGUGAAAACAAUGAAGAGAGUUCUCUUUGCAGAGGUGAGGACGUACGAUUCAAGUAGGCAUCAUUAUCUCCUAUUGUUUAUUGCCCUAGCUCAAUUUCCUCUCCUCUUUUGGCUUGGGAAGAUUAGCCUUAGUUGGUUCUUUUGAAUUACAUUUCUAGUUGUUUAGUGGUCUGGCAGUUUGUGCUUUUUGGGAAGUGAAGCAAUCAAUUUUUCUGUAUGCCUUGUCACAUUGAUGUUUAUUCUUGAAUGCUAGAGACAUGUAAAUGAACUGAUUAGCCACUUACUCCCCGAAAUGUGUACGAUAACGUUUAGAGGUGUCUCACUGCUGAACAGAAAGUACAGGAAGGAUUGAACGUAAGAUUUUUUUGGUAGCAUUUUGGUUGUAUGGAACUAGCUUUAUGCUCUCGAUAUUUUAAUAUUCUUCAAGUUUC